ACUGAUCCAUUCACGCACAGGCACAAGCUAGCCAUUACUGUCGAAAACUGGGCAAAAAUAAUUCUACUGGGACAAAACGCACUUCUCUUAUUUGGAAUUACGUACAGCUCUCUCACUGAAGUGAUGUAAAUAAAGGAAGGAAGUUAGUUGGAUAAAAGCAGCUUUGGUUUGAUUCUGAGUCUCCGUGUUGAUUCCGUGGAGAGCAGCAGCAGCACAGACAUCCUUGCCGUUUUUUUUUUUUACUGUCGCCGGUGGACAGCUUUCUCUUCGUCUGAUAGAAUGGAUACGUGUAAAAUCUUUACCAUCGUUCUUCUACUGCUUUCAGUUGUCAACGAUGUUUCCACCGUGCAAUUUCCAACAUCUGUCAUUGUACAUGAAUGGGUGGAACAGAUGCAGAAGGAUUUGGUGUCUUUGAUUGAUGCUGAAAGUGGAGUUCAAAGUCUUAUUAAGAUCUUUCAGAACUACAAUAAACAUUACAUGGUGGAGCAUAAUAAUGCCAAGCAGUUGGUUGCCAGCGCCGCUAGCAACAUUGAGAAGCUCCUUCUCAAUCGCUCCAGAGCUCUAAAGAAUCUGGCUACAGCAGCAGAGGAGUUACAGUUGAAGCACCAGUGGCAAGAUGACUUUGAGGAGGGUGAUGUGUCAUAUUACAACGCCAAAGACAGUAAUGAAACGGAUGAUGAAUUUCCAAAUAAUAGAGUGAAACCAGAAUUUACAGAUGACCCAGAUUUUAAACGUGUGGUGUCCUUCAAUGACACCGCUGUUCACAUACCCACGGACAUCUAUGAGGGCUCCACGAUAAUUCUUAAUGAGCUCAACUGGACAGAUGCAUUGGUGGACACAUUUAGAAAGAACAGAGAAGAGGAUCCUACAUUGCUUUGGCAGGCGUUUGGCAGUGCAACUGGUUUGGCCCGCUAUUACCCAGCAUCUCCUUGGAUAGACAAAGAAAAAACACCAAACAAAAUUGAUCUAUAUGAUGUCAGACGGAGACCAUGGUACAUACAGGGGGCUGCAUCACCUAAGGACAUGCUGAUUUUGGUGGAUGCGAGUGGGAGUGUAUCUGGAAUGACACUGAGACUGAUCCGCACAUCAGUCAAUGAGAUGCUAGAAACUCUUUCUGAUGAUGACUAUGUCAAUAUAGUUUCUUUCAACGAAGAUGCUAAAAAGGCUGCCUGCUUUGACAACUUGGUUCAAGCCAAUGUCCGUAAUAAAAAGAUCUUGAAAGAUGCAGUGCAGAACAUUACUGCAAAAGGAAUCACCAAUUACAAGGAUGGUUUUGAUAUGGCUUUUCAACAGCUGUUGUCUGUAAAUCUGAAUGUGACACGUGCCAACUGUAACAAAAUCAUUAUGCUCUUCACGGAUGGUGGUGAAGAGAGAGCCUCAGAGAUCUUUGAAAAGUACAACCCAGAUAAGAGGGUGCGGAUAUUCACAUUUUCUGUGGGACAGCACAACUAUGACAAAGCACCUAUUCAGUGGAUGGCUUGCACUAAUAAAGGGUACUAUUAUGAGAUCCCAUCUAUAGGUGCCAUCAGGAUCAAUACACAGGAAUACCUAGAUGUGCUGGGGAGGCCCAUGGUGAAGGCCAAGGAGAAGGCAAAAAAAGUUCAGUGGACCAACGUUUACAUGGAUGCUCUGGAGUUGGGUCAGGUGAUAACAGGAACACUUCCAGUCUUCAAUAAAACCAAAAUUAAAGAUAACAAAAAUAAAGGAAAGAGCCAGCAGAAUCAGCUAAUACUUGGAGUGAUGGCCGUUGAUGUGUCACUCGAUGACAUCAAGAGGCUGACACCACGCUUUACACUUGGACCAAAUGGAUACUAUUUUGCUAUUGAUCCAAAUGGAUAUGUUUUGCUCCAUCCAAACCUGAAGCCUAAGAAAACAUCAUUCCAGGAAGCAUUGACACUGGAUUUCCUUGAUGCAGAGUUAGAAGAUGAGAUCAAAGUGGAUAUCAGAAGAAAUAUGAUUGAUGGUUAUACUGGUAAUCAGACAUUUACCACACUUGUCAAGUCCCAGGAUGAGCGCUACAUUGACCGGGGUGUCAGAACCUACACAUGGGGCCAUGUUAGUGGUACUGACUACAGUUUAGCUUUGGUAUUACCAGAGUACAGUCUUCACUAUCUUCGUGCGGCGAUUGGAGACACCAUUACCCAGGCCAAAUCGUGGACUCCCUCAGUAGACAUGGUUUCUGAGACGUUGCAGGUGGAAAAGUUCAGUGAAUAUGGAUUCACAUUCAUUGCACAAAGGGAGUACUGCACAGACUUGAAGCCCUCAAACAAUAACACAGAGUUCCUGAUCAACUUCAAUAAGUAUAUUGACAGGAACACACCCAACCACCCUCUCUGCAACAGUGCUCUGGUGAAUAAACUUCUGCUGGAUGCUGGUAUCACAUCAGAGCUGGUGAGGAAGUGGUCAGAACAAACACUGAGUGCGGGGGCGUCUGCUCGCUUCGUGGCUACAGACGGAGGCAUCACUAGAGUUUACCCAAGCAGUGCUGGUCUUGAUUGGUCAGAGAGUACUUAUGAGGCAUAUGAGACACAUGACCCUUAUGAAGCAUUUAAGACAUACAAUAUGUAUGAUGCAUAUGAGUCAAGCUUCUACAAAAGGAGCUUGGACAACGACCUAUACAUAUUUACACCACCAGUCUACAACCCCCGCUACAAUGACACAGUUGAUUCAAUUCUGGUGAGCAGGGGUGUGGACCUCAACAUUAAUGGGGCCAAGCUCAAACCUGCUGUGGUAGGCGUGAAGCUUGAUGUUGAGACCUGGAUGGAGAAUUUCAUACAUGCGACGGUGAAGACCAGUCCUUCAAUCUGCAAGGAUGAAAUCUGUGGCUGUCAAAGAAACGAUGAGUAUGUGGACUGUGUCCUCCUGGAUGAUGGUGGUUUCCUGAUCAUGGCCAAUCGUGAUGAUUACAUCAGACAGAUUGGACAGUUCUUUGGAAUUGUUGACCCCUCACUGAUGGUGAACCUGAUAAAUGCGUCUCUGUUCUCCUUCAAGAAGACCUAUGACUACCAGUCCACAUGUGAACCCCAUAAAGAAACCAAAUCUGCUGCUGGUUUGCGCUCUGUUUAUGUGCCCACCAUAGCAGAUAUAUUGCAUCUUGGUUGGUGGGCGUCAGCAGCAGCCUGGUCCAUAAUGCAGCAACUAUUUGUUUCGUUCACUUUCCCGAGUUUCUUAGAAGCAGUGGACACAGAUGAAGAGCUCUCUGAUGGAAUGUCUAAGGAAAGCUGUAUUAAUGAGCAGUCUCAAUACUUCUUUGAGAACAAUGAAACAUCGUUUAAUGGCAGCGUGGAAUGUGACACAUGCUCAAGGCAAUUCUAUGCAGAGAAACUCUUUGGAACCAACCUUGUAUUUGUUAUUGCCGAGGCCAAGCUGGCCUGCAUGUCAUGUGACCAAAAACCUCUCAUCCAAGGGAAGCAGCCCUCCGCUGGUCCAGAUCCCUGUGAACUAGCCCUGAAUCCACGCUACAGGAAAGGUCCAGAUGCAUGCUUCGACAACAAUUCAAGUGAUGAGGCCAGGUGCAGGACGAGCGCUGGCUGUCCACUGGCCUUUUCUCUUCUCAUAUUACUGCUGCCGCUGUUAAUGUCCUCUCUCGGGAGCAAGAUGUGGACUGUGGUGGAGUGUCUGGCUUGAGUCCUUCUAUGUGGGUCCUUGUUCUGCUGCAGCUGGCUCUGCUUGGGUUAUGGAAUGCCGCUGGAUACUGCGUAUCAUGACAACUGCUCAGUGACGCUCACAUGAUGUCCUUAGCAACUAUACCAAAAUAACAUAUUUCAUCCUGCCAUUUGUCAAAUAUUUCUCUUGCUGACUUAAACCUAUGGUUGGGGUUGAUGGUAGUGCUGAAAGGAAGGGAUACAAAGGAAACUGACCGAAAAUGUAACUUUCUGAGUAAUGGCUGAUUACUUGCCCAAUGCCCAUGCCUUUUGAUGACUGAUAGUGGAUCAAUCCGUCGCUGGUUAGAUGUUUUGUGCUGGUGAAAAAUACUGAAAGCAUAGUCACUGCAGAACUGUGAUCUGAUAGCUGCCGUUUUAACCCUUAAGGGGAAGAUGUUCCAUAUACCUCUUAUCAUUUUCUUAUAUAUAACCACUAUCAGAACUAGGGCUGCCCUUUGCAUUUAAACGUACAUGACAUUUAAGAAUAAGAGUUCUUACAAAGGUUCAUUUAUUUUCCUGUUUUUGUUUGACAUGAUUAGUCUCAUGAAAAAAUAUAUGAGUUUGGUAUUCUGUGAGUUCCCAGUCUGAGGACAACCUGAUAAAUUGUGGACAAGAAGUGUGUUGAAAACAGAAGCUAACAAGGCAACACUUUUCCUGAAGGACACACCCAUAACCCCUGCCUUUAGCCAAAUAUUUUAAUUACUCCUUUUAUGUCCAUCCAUCUCCAGUUUGGCUUGAUUUGAGCUAUUAUUCCCACCUCCAUUUAGUUAAUAUUGUGCCAUGGCUGUCUUGUUCACUAUGCAAGCAUGUGUAUAGACAAUCAGAUAUUCAUGUUCCACCCACCACUAUCUGUUAUGACAGGGGACUUGGGUUAACGUAGUUAAACAAAAUGUGAAAUAUUUUCACUUCCUGAUCAAUGAAGCUUUACCUGAAACCUAUCAGGCCUCCAGUGCUCUAUUUCUGGUAUCUCUCUAUGCUAUUGAGUCUAUGGGUACCACUGUCUGCAGUUGUGGUCAGUUUACAUAUGCUCAUUAUGGACAUAAAAGCUAUGGCAAUAUUGGAUUUUCAGUGAUUUCUUUGAACCGUUCCUUUUUCUGGGGCAGGAUCAGGCUGGUUUCACCAGACCCAAUUACACUGUGAUUAGAGUCUGGACGCUCUCCACGGGGAUUGUUUCUGCCCGUUGCAUUUUAAUGCGUUUAGACUUUGGGUACAUUUUGAAAACAUUGGACCACUAAGUGCAUGCUGAUAAUAUAAACCUUUUCACAAACCCUGUCCUUACCUCUUAUGCAUACAUUUAAACAUUAUUCUUGCUCCGGCUUCAUUUCUUUGAUGUUUGCUGGUGUUGCUUCUACUAAUUGUUUGUAUCCCUUCCAGCUCAACCAUUACUACAGCGACCCCUUGUGGUGGCUGAGCAAACCUUAACACCAACAGGUUUUCCAGACUGUAAUCUCAGUGAGAAAUGAACUAAGAGCAAGAGUUGGGAGUCUGGUAGAGUCAGAGUUGGCCGGAUCCAGGCUUGGGCAGAAUCAUUAUACAACAUACAUCUUCAAAAAUCUUGAAUUUAGUACCCAGGUUUUUAUUUAUUGUUUUUUUUUCUGAAAUCAACAAUAAUAUCCAUCCACAUGUAUACAUUAUAGAUCAUAGAUAAUAUUUGGUUAUAAUAUUUAAUAAAUGUCCCUCAGAUUGAUCAGAUGCUUUUAGUAGUUAGCAAGAAUCUUUUGGCAGAUGCUGGUUGGAUAUUGGACCACACACUAUUGAUAAGGUAGAGAUCAGGACUUUGGGAAGCCAAUUUUAUACAAUUACCAGCCUGUUUACCAAAACCAGAUUUUGUGUGAGCUUAGAAUCGUUGUCCUUUUAGAAUACCCAAUUCAGUGCCAAUUUCAACUGUCUAGUUGAUGGUCUCACGUUAUACUGAAGAAUUCUAAGGUAGUCCUCCUAUUUCAUUAUUCCCUCCACUUUGCUUAAUGCACCAGUUCCACUGAUGGUAAAACAGCCCCAGCGCAUGAUGCUACUAGCGCCAUUCUUAUCGUAAUACUUUCCUCUAUACACUGUGGUGGGACUUCUCUCUUGGACAACAGCCUUUCAGUCAAUGGAAGACUGUAGACAUUAACACUGGUACACCCAGUGUGUGCUUAUACAGAGAAGCUACCAGCUGUAGUCAAUGGCAGCCUUUGCCCAGCAAAUAUAAGACAUUUUCAAACGUUCAGCACCACUGAAUUAAUAUAAGCAUUAUUAUUAAAGAUGUAUGUUGUAUAAUCGUCCUGCCUCAGAAGAAGAACACUUCCAUAUAAAUCAUUGAAAUCCCAAUAUUGCCAUGACAUUAAUAUUCAUGAAGAGUGUAACCACGACUAUAGGCAUCCCUUGAUGGGAUCAAUUGAAUAAACUAUUGCUGCAUCACAUUGCCACUUCACAUUGCUAGUGGUGGCCAGAUUGUGUUCUGUUAUGGCUUCAUACAGCAUUGUUGCCAAAUAGUAGUUCUAGUGUGUAGUCACACCUACUCCAACUCUCCACUGCCUGCUCAGCACUGCUGCUUUUGCCUCUGAUGCCAUUUAGACGAGUGAAACCAUUUCUUUGCUCAUCCUUUCCCAGCGUAACCUUCAGCUGCACCAGAUGAAACGCUGAAACCAUAUUGAAGGUCAAACAAUUAUUAUAUAUAUAAUUAUUAUACUAUUAUAAGAUCAACCAAGAGUUCUAAGCACUUCUUUAAAACUGCACUGGAGUCAAAGAUUUGUAUCAGUUUCAUUCAGAUGGCUGAUGUGAGAUAUAAUGCUGCCUUGUAGACAGUUAUAACUUGAUGUUUUGAUGCUUUGAAUGCUCUCCAUGCUCCCAUGCUCCAUGUAGUGUGCCUGUGGAACUGAAGAAAGUUUGUAUUUAAAACUGUCUGUCAAAAUGAAGGAAUAGGUGCAUUGAUAUAUACAGCUCUUCCUGUUUUAGUAUAUUUAUUAAUGUAUUUAAUUGCCAAAUGUAAGAUUUGAACAUUAUUGCUUUGAAGUCUGAUGAUACAAUGUGUGUUGUUUAACCUGCGUUCCAUAUGGUACUUUGUUCAUAUCAGAUAUCAUCUUCUGAAAAUAACAUCAAUUGUCAUUUAAAGUGAGAACAUAACUACUGGCUACUGACUGACAAUGACUAUAAUAUUUUUCUUUUUAUGUUUCUUUGUGUGUUAUUCUAGUGAUAUGGGACAAAGCAUAACAUAUUUUUGUUGUAAAUGUUAUGACGGAUGAAUAAUAUAUUUAAGACAAUUUCCCUCUGUAUUGUUAUUAUCAUUAUUAUUAUUAUUAUUAUUAUUAUUAUUAUUAUUAAAAAAAUAUAUAUACAUUUAUUUUAUGAAAAACUUAUUGAAAAGUAUCACAUUUGUGUCUGCACAUUUUGUCAUCAUGUUCAGACAUUCAAUGUGAUAAAUUAGGCAAUAUCAAGGGUCACAUUUUCAUUUGUUAUUAUGUUAAUUCAUAUGUGUUAAUGAAUGGCAGGUCAUAGCCUAUGACUCAUAGGUAAAAUGUUAGCUUCCUCCCAACAAGUUUGUGCUUGGAACAUGUAAAUGAUUUUGUAUUUUUGAUGUCUGUUGACCUAAAAAGCUAAAAUGGACAUACAAUUAAAAAAUACAAAGGUUGGGAGGUUCUAUAAAAAAUAUCUAUGUGGAUUAGUAUAUGUUCAAUAUUUAUUGUUUUAUGUUUUGUCCCAUGUAUCAAGAUUUUUUUUUUUUUCAAUAUUGAUAUUGUUUAUUGUAUUGUAGCUGUCUAAAACAUGUUUCAUUUAGUGUGCCUUGUGAUUUACACUGAACUGAUGAAUAUACACAUGUUGCAAUAUCUUUGUUGAGGUACUAAUCAUCUAAUUCCCACUGAGAACCUUUGGAAGACAGACCAAUUAUUAGUCUAUUAUGAUUAUGUGCCUCAUAUGUGCCAAAUGAAUAUUGCACUGGUUAAAACAUUUUAGCAUCCGUUUGAGUAAUGUCAUUGACUUACCAGAUAGUAUAUUGAAGACGUCAAACAAUGCCACUCAAACAUGUCCUCUCUUUCAGUGUUUAUCAAAGACAGUUUCCUGUUGUUUUUAUUCAAGCUGUCAAUGAAUUGACACACUGUAGGCCUAAUUACAUCUGUUGCAUGUAUCAAAUAAAAAUAUCAGGCAAUACUUUUUCCCAUGUAUGCACACAGGUCUACAGAUAUAUGAACUAUUGGGGGAAAUGCAUUCUACAGUAGGUAUAGUCAUAUCUUGGCCAUCUCUUAUUUUCUUUAUUUUGUCUACAAAUUUAACACUGCCAGGAGGAAUACUAAGAUAAACAGAAGCAUUUGUUUUGGUAUAUUGAAACUAACAAUGAGGUACUGAAUAGUAUAUGAGGAAAGCAGCCAUAAUAGCCAAAACCACUGGUAGAUCAUUCAGCUAACUUCACUUUCAUCCCUUUUUUUCAUUGGUUUAUUUCUCUGCUUGUAAACGGCAUAUCUGAAGCAUACAGUAUGCUAACCAGAUUUUCAUUCUUAACUGUCAUGGUCUCUUCCUUCCCCUUCUUCUACAUUUACGUCUAAAAAGAAGCUUCAUUUCUGUUUGUAAUAGGACAUCUUUUAUCAAAUAGUUUUACUCUAUUAUCAAACAGUUGAAACUAAAUAUGCAAACAUUGGUAUUCCCUCUUUGUUGUGCAUGGUCUGUGAGGUCAACAAGUAGCAAAAAGUUGGCAAGUAUGUGUCUGCGUGUCAUGAUUGUUGUGGGAAACAUUAAAGAUGAGUAUAAAGAAUCUGUCCAGGUCCAUGGCCUUUCUGUUGAGCAGUAAACAUCAGGUGAGUAACCACAUUAUGUUUACUGAAUAUAUUUAACAUUAAAUAUUAGAAGAUCUGAAACGAUAGUUAAAAGCAUCGCUCCAAGAGUACAGCUAUUCAAUAUACGUAGAUGGUAAUUUAAGUGCUAAAAUCUAAUGUUGUCACCUCAGGAAAAAAAACAUGUACAAUGUGAUCAGAAGUAUUUUAAUGCUGUUCAUCCUCAUUGUGUGGUUUGUAUGGGUUAUGCAAUAUUCUGCUCUUGUGACUGGCAUGGUUUAUGUGAAGUACCCUGUAACUGUCUCUCAGUGGUAAACAAGUAACAGGCUGCCAUCCAUAAUUUUGUGGGUUCAGAUUGAUAUAAAUCAGAUGUGAAUACAUUUAUAUAAUGAAUAUAUUGUUGCUGUUACUUCCAAGGCAGAAAACAAUAUUUAUAAUUCUGAAACUGUGUGAAUCUU